AUGUGCGACGUCCAUGGUGUAAAGGUCUAUUAUGCCCAUGGAAGCAAGUGUGAUAUAUUCUAUGCAAUACCCGGUAACACAGCAGAUCAGAUUGUUGAAGUCCAUGAAGUACUGGAAUUGAAUUCCACACAAGAAGAAGCCGAUACAAGGUUGUAUCUUCAUGCAGCUCAUGCAGCCAAAACCUGCUCAGAUGUCACCAUAGGGAGUCCUGACACUGAUGUUCUUGUUAUCGGGGUAUCGUUGCAACCACUGAUUGCUGCCCAUCCGUAUUCUCAUACUGGAAAGGGAGCUGAUCUUCGAACAAUUGAUAUCAAAGCCAUUCAAGAAAGCAUUGGUGAUGACGUCAGGCAGUCUUUGAUAGGGCUGCAUUGUUUCACCGGGUGUGAUAGUGCGAGUGCCUUCUACGGAAGAGGAAAGACGAAAGCCUUCAACUUACUCCUCAAUGACAAGAACUUGUGCUCUGCAUUCAAAGAUCUUGGAAGAACGAUUUGA